AUGGUCAUGUCAUCCAUCAACAGUCUCCGUCCAACCAUCCACUCGUUCCUCUCCGCUCCGCUCAUCGCAGCAUCCUGCUCGCAUCCCAUUCAUCCUCAUCCCCCCUGCCCGCCGGCAUGCCCUCCCAUGCCUGCCUGCCACCAGGCAGCCACGGCGAAUGUGCUGCUGGCCGUGCCUUUCCUUCUCAACUCAGCCAAGGCGAAUGUGCUGCUGGCGGUGCCAGCGCUCCUCUACGCCAUGAACAACUACCUCAAAUUCGUCAUGCAGCUGUAUUUCAAGCCCACGACUGUAAAGAUGCUUGGAAAUCUCAAGAUUCUUGUGAUUGCUGUGCUGCUGACUGUGGUCAUGAAGAGGCGCUUCACUUUCAUGCAGUGUGAAGCACUCGUGCUGCUGCUCAUAGGCAUCAGCAUCAACCAAAUACCGUGCGGUGGCAAUGCAGCCGCUGCUGCCAUGCUCGACGUCUCGCCCCUGGCAUGGGUCUACACAUUCUUCUUUCUCACAAUACCUUCUACUGCAUCAGUGUACAACGAGUAUGCAUUGAAGAGUCAGUUCGACACCAGCGUCCACCUGCAGAACUUCUUCAUGUACUGCUGGGGCCUUCUAUUCAACCUCAUCUUCCUCCUGGGGGUUUUCAUUGCUCGAGGCGGGGACACGGCAUCGCUCAACAUCCUGCACGGGCACUCACGCGCCACGGCAGUGCUCAUUGCCAACAACGCCAUGCAGGGCAUCCUCUCCUCCUUCUUCUUCAAAUACGCCGACACGAUACUGAAGAAGUAUUCAUCCACCAUCGCCACCAUCUUCACAGGCAUUGCGUCCGCCAUUCUCUUCGGCCACACGCUCUCCAUCAACUUCGCCCUGGGGGUGUCUGUCGUCCUCAUCUCCAUGCACCAGUUCUUCUCAGCCAUGCCACCCAAGGCGCCACGGCACAAGGACAACGACAGCGAUGCGGAGGACUGGGAGGGGGGCGACGGGCGGGUGGGGGGGAGCAAGGCUCAUGUCAAUGGGUCACAGGCGUAUCACUCCCUUUCUCCCAGAUCGUACGUCCUGUUUCUGUGCCUGCAUGCACGCAUGCACUGUUUUUGA